AUGAACCGUAGAAUCGCCACCUAUCGGUAUCGAAUACCUUAUUUUGUCUUUUAUCCUCCUUUCCCAUCCUCUCUCUUUCUCUGUCCCUCUCUCUUUCACAAAUACUACACCGUCUCUCUCAUCUAUCUAUCUAUCUAUCUAUCUAUCUAUCUAUCUAUCUAUCUAUCUAUCUAUCUAUCUCAUUCUGUUAAUAUCUAUCUAUCUAUCUAUCUAUCUAUCUAUCUAUCUAUCUAUCUAUCUAUCUAUCUCAUUCUGUUAAUAUCUAUCUAUCUAUCUAUCUAUCUAUCUAUCUAUCUAUCUAUCUAUCUAUCUAUCUAUCUAUCUAUUUUGAACUCUGUAAAUUUUUAUUCGGUACUUCUUUUCCUCUCUCUCUCUCUCCACUCUCUUUUUGUCUCUCUCUCUCUCCACUCUCUUUUUGUCUCUCUCUCUCUCCACUCUCUUUUUGUCUCUCUCUCUCUCUCUCCAUUCCUCUCCCUUUCUUUUUAUUUUCUCACCCCACUCUCUCUCUCUCUCUAUAUAUAUAUAUAUAUAUCUUUACUUUCUGUUUCUCCCUUUCUCUCUCUCAUCCCUCCCUCACUAUGUUACUGUCUAACUCUAUCUGUCUCCAUUUUUAUCUUUCCCCACUCUCUUUCCCACUACUCUCUUUAUUUCCCUCUCUUUCCUUCUCUCUUUUUCUCCUUCACACUCCCCUUUCUCUUCCACUCCACUCUUGAUAAGAUUUUCAUCUUAUUCUCUCCCCUUUCUUUACUCCCCUCUCUCUCGACUGCCUGCAUCUCCGUGUCUCCUUUUAUGUUUCUCUCACUCCCUCAAACUAUAUACACUCUGUAUAUUCAUAUCUCUUUUUCUCUACUCCUCCCCCUCCCCCUCUCUCUCUCCUCUUUAUAUUUCUAUCUUUCAUCCUCUUCUCUUUCUCUUACACUCUUUUCCAAUGCAUUUGCUGUUUUCUUCCGAGUUUUCUUUGUUCUCUCGAGACGGACGGAUUUCGACGACGAUAUCUAUCUAUCUAUAAACAUAUCUAUCUAUCAAUCUAUCUAUCUAUCUAUAAACAUAAAAAUUCACAAAUUGGAUCUAUCUAUCUAUCUAUCUAUCUAUCUAUCUAUCUAUCUAUAA